GUACCCCGGUCCUCCCCCGCGAUUGCAGGCGAGCGGGCGUUUUGAGGGUGUGGGAAUCUGCCCAUGCCACAUGGGACAGUGACGCCUCGCACUCCACCCAUCGCCCACCAGCAUCCACUUCCAGGCGACACUCGUCUUGCGACUCUCUUCGCACCUCCGCCGACUCCCCGCAGCACACUCACUGCACCUUCACCAUGCGACGAAACAGCGAGGCCGCCAGCUCUUGCCGCAUUGAGCGCAAGCGCGCUCACGACCGAGAAGCACAACGCGCCAGCCGCGCGAAGACGAAACAAUAUAUUGCCCAUCUGGAGAAGACGGUCGCAGACCUGACGGAGAGCAGUGGGGACAGCCGAGCCAAUUACUUGGCCCAGCAUGCAUCGCAACAGUCCCAAGAAAUCGACAAGCUGCAAAGUCUCGUCCACAAAAUCCGAACCCUCGUGCAAGAUGCCUCCAAGUCAGACGACGGUUCGCCCACCGCUGGCGGUGUCAAGGGCGAAGGCAGCACCACCACCAACGCGACCGAUGGCUUCCCAACAGACGCCUUCUCCGCUCUCAAUUGGGACACAGCGAGCGAGGACCAGUGGAUGAUGGAGGUCGUGAAGCCCACAGAGAUGGAAGUGCCGCGCCAACCACAACCGGCCAUGCCAAUGCGUCAGAUCACGCAGACUUCGCGGAAUCUCGUUGUGCUGGGGAUCAAUCUAUUCUGCGAGAACAACGACGAUACGACCUACUUCCAGCGCUUGAAUGAGUUGAUCGAGAAGAUCGAGAAGACACCCGACACCCUCUCGACGCUAGAGGAAGACAUGGACAUUCUGAUCCGGGCCAUGGUAUCGGGCUGGGAUGCAGCCGAACGCGUGCACCAUCUCGACAUCGUCUGGCGCUUCCUCCGCGCCUUCGAUGAGGGUCUGUGGUAUCGUGCACCGCCCGUCGAACGCUUCGCACAUUUCUGGAACAUGCGCUCCACCAUGCUUCACAAGAUAAAUCCCAAGAACCAGCCACGACGCAAGAUGGCCUCGUUCAUGUCUCCUACCAUUGGUCAGCGUUCGGCGAAUCACCCCUCCGUCGUGGACUACUUCGGCUGGCCGCUGGUGCGGAAUCACUUGCUCACGAAUGGAAUCACCAAUUGCUCCGGCCGCUCCGCCAUUGCAUUUGCUGAGAGUUUCCGUUUCGAUUGGCCUUGGGAAGCAAGAGAUGUGUACAAGAUCAACCGAUCCACAGGGGUGUUUUCCUUCUCAGAAGAGUUCACGAAGGCUUUUGAUGAUAUCACUUCGUUCCAGCUACUUGCGAACCAGCUCAUCCCAUUUGAGAUUCACACUCCGCCAAAGACAACAGCUCAGACUGACUUUGCGCAAGGGGAUGAUCAUAGCUCAGUGGACGACGAAUUUGCAUAUCAAACUCCAGGCUUUGAAAGUGUGAGCUCCCAUGGUCAAGGGAUGCCGCAGCAGCAUGUGGACACAAGUGCAGAGGAUUGGAUGAACACUUUGGCGGCAAUGCAUGAGGCCGGUAGGCAUGCAAUGCACAACGCAAUUCCAUCGUUUACGAUGGCGCAUGAGCCCAGCUUGGCGCAGUGGCCGGCAGUCUGAAAUGGAACAUGACAACGAAAGACGAACGAGACAUGAGUAUGAGCAGAGGUCGCGAAGCAGUUCUGACUGUAUUCUGCGCAGCUUACGGCGAAUGCUGCGGAGCCACAGUGCAAGUUAGUGCUGGCAUCGCUUUGCACAACGUUCUGCCGGAUGCUCAGCUCCGAUGCAGCGACAGUCUCAGCCCCCGAACGGUGGCCCAGAGCAAGGUCGGCAAGCCACGAAGAUCAGUGAUCACUGAUCGCUGCACGCAGCUGGAUGGCUCUACGUUAGAGCGAAUCAGGUCUGGGCUUAUGGCGGAUUCGAGAUGUGUAUAUUGCAUUGACGACACUGCACAUGCUACUCAACCCUACUUGGCGAACAUAUUGGAAGCACCUUCGAAAGGACGCUCUGACGCAUCAUACAUAAACGAGAGGCGCCAGAAGUGUCGGCUUGACUCCCAGAGCCACGUGCUGUUCUUAUUCCCGAGCUGAGCUGCCUACCUCCCGCCGCCCUGCCACAGGACUAAUCGCACAAAUCAUGAACCGAUGCAAUGCGACGCAAGGCGCGCUACAUCUCCCACACGCGCCGUCGUUCUCAAUCUUGGGUAGACAUGCGCAUUAGUGCAGGAUCCAAUCCAGACCCUCCCCACCUCUUCAGCUCACCCCGCACCAAGCAGUCGCUAAGAGCAGCCACAACACUUCCAUCUCGAGUCGAAAGCCGAGGGUGCAGCAGAGCAAAGCUUCUAGCUGCUGUGAUCAGCUUUGCUAGAUCGCUGGAGCUGAAGCGGGACUCAAAUGAACUUCAUGAAACCCUAUGAUCCCCAUGACACGUUGCCUAUUGCCUAUUGCCUAUAGACACGACGAAUCCUAUAUGACAUUUUUAUUUCAUCAAGGUC